AUGGCUGGCAGACAAAAGAAGACAACCGGAGAGCCCAUCGAUGAUGUAGAUUGGGAUGAGCCGACUGUGUGGGCUUUAAUUGCUGAAAUGAAGAAGCAUGAGAAUUAUAGAAACACGUCCGGGGAGACAAAAGUCAUGGUUCACAAGCGCAUCACUGCAGCUGUCAUUCCAGCAGUGUAUGCCAAAAAUCCAACUGCUGCUGGGGCUCAUGUCAAAGGAAAGAUUGGAAGGCUUACUUCUCUCUUUCAAAAGUAUAACUCGCAACUUCGACAAACUGGCGAAGGCAUCAACAAUGAGAACUCCCAGGGCCCACAGGAGACCGAUUUUGUACCUGCAACUGGACCGGAUCAUGAUACUAGCCCUGCGGCAAGGAAUCUAUGGGAGAAAAUUGCCCUGGAGUGGCCAUACUUCCCUGAACUGUACAGCUUCAUGUCAACUCGCCCCAACAUCACUCCAAUUGCGGUGACUACUGGUGUUGGUCCCCAUGGUCAUGAGACUGUUGUCAUGCAGGCUCUGACUAACCAGAUGUCACACAUUGAUGACAGUAACAUUGAUCCUGUUCUUCUCCAGCUCAGUACUCCUCAGGAUCAGCCAAUCCCUGCUCCACAGACUCCUGCAUCAGGACGGACUCUAUCCCAUGAAUCUUCCAAGGAAAACGUGGCACCAUCUUCAUCGCUGAAACAUGGACCUAAGCCAUCAUCCUUUUCACAGGAUCUCAUUGCUAAGGCCUCAGGCUCGAUUAUGAAGGUACCACGAAAGUGCUCCUUUGAAGAUGCUAUGCUCAAGGACUCCCAGAGACAAUUUGAGAGUCUCCGUGAAUGUCAGGCUGAAGCCCUGUUGCUUAAAAAGCACAAGCUUCUCUUGGCUGAGUUUCAAGUUGGUAUUUGGACUGUUGAAGAGUUGUUAGCCACUAACUCUCAAAACUUAGAUCAACUAGGGAUCACCACUCGCACUUCGGUGGAUGAUACGAUAGAGGUCAAAGUCUUGUAG